AUGUCGGUUUCGGACGAGAUAGUAGCGGAAGCAGGUACAGGAAAUACAGUAAAAGUAAAAUUCUGGAUCGACAACUGGUGUAACGGAAAAAGAUUCAAAGAAAGGUUCCCGGGUCUGUUCAAGAUUGCUAGAAACAAACAAGUCAAAGUGGCUAAAUGUGUUACAAAAUUGGAAAACGAAAACCAAUGGAACUUAGGGUGGGUAAGACCACCAAACUCGGAUGCAGAAUGGGCUCAAUGGUGGAACAUGUUAUACUUACCGAAUAACGUGAGAUUUAAACCAGAAUCGGACACAUGGAUGUGGAAGUUAAACAAUAACGGGGAAUUCACAGUCGCGGCGAUCCCAAAACAAAUAGUAAAAGAAGAUGUACUGGAGACGGCAGACGAAUGGAAGCAUUGGAACAGCUGGAUUCCUCCGAAAGUUAAUUAUUUCACGUGGAGAGCAGCGAUCGAGCGGAUUCCGGUUAAAAAAGAACUAAUUAAGAGAAGGAUACCGAUUGAUAAUCAACUAUGUUUACGAUGCGAGGAAGAGGAGGAAUCUGCAGACCAUGUUAUAUGCGGCUGCAUUAGGUCAAAACCAAUAUGGAAAUCUAUACUUGUAUGGUUAAAAGUGCCAACAUAUACCCAAUUCGAAAGAUGUACAGAUGUUCUAGAGCAUGUCACUAGUCUUUCAGGAUCAAAGGAGUGGAAGAAAGUUAUUAACACAGUAUUACAAACUACCAUGUGGAAUUUAUGGAAGGCUCGAAAUGAAAUGGAGUUCAAAGGUAAUAUCAGAUCUGGUAACAACAUAGUAGAAAACAUAAUGGCGGACAGCUUCAUUUGGUUGAAAAGCAAGUCGAAAAUUCAGAACAUAGUAUGGGAGAGAUGGGUGGACUUCAAUAUUCGAGAUAUAGUAAAAUAA